GCCCACAUGAAAGUGAAGGUUUUAACUUCUUUCUACAGGUCAACAACAGUCAUUUAAAAUCAGUGAAGCAUGCAUAACACACCCAUACAAUUCAGUCAGGUGGAGCAGUUGGAGACAGUAAAGGCAGGUUUACUUUUCACACAAAGCUGGGGAAAGUGGGACACCUCCAGAUUGUCGCACCUUUGGAUGGGUGUGGAGAAACUCAGGAUCUGGCUAUAAAGGCACUCAGGUCUCUUACUUGCCAUCAUUUCACUAGUAUACAUGAGUACGCUGAUGCCACGAUGCUGACUUUGAUCCAGCUGAUAAUUUUUCUUUUUUGGACGAGCAUUAGCUCAGCUGAUGCAGAGAAACUUUUCCAUAAACGGGAUCAUUCUGAUGUGCAGAACCUUAAUUCACACCAAGCUCAGGUUAUAAAAGACAAGCACACAGCAGAGUUAUUUCUCUCUAGAUAUGGAUUCAUUAAGCCAGUGAACUGGGAAGAGAUCCAGUUUGAAGAUUCAGAUGCGUCUUUUAAUGAUGACUUCCUGGAUGACAUUCAAGACAUGAUCCAGGAGGGAACCACAGUGCAUCAUUCAAGGGACGCUCCUCGGGAUGGUGAUCAGGAUACCCGCAACAGCUUCACUGAGAGCCAAGCGUUUCUUUCAGCACUUGAAGAGUUUCAGAGGAUGUCAGGUCUGCCUGUCACAGGUGUUUUGGAUGAGGCCACUAAGUCAGCAAUGAACAAACCAAGGUGUGGAGUUCCUGACAGGGAGAUUGAUCUGAACACCCCUACAGCACCUGAGAACAGUAGUGCCGCAGAUACUCAAAACAGUUCGAGCAGCUCUUUAAAUGAAGCUGACAGUAACAACACAGCAACUUUUGAUGCUGCUAAGUCCUUUGAAGAUAACAAAUUCAGUUCUAAUGACACUGAAAGUGCUCUCACGGGUAUUUUCAAUGACACCAGCAGGAAUUACACAGAAGACUUCAACUUAUUCGAUCACAUUUUAAAUAACACUUCUCUAAACAACUCACAUGACAUCAACACGGACAGUCAAACGGUAAAUGUCAGUCUGAACGUCCAUCAGAGCAAACCGGCGCGACGCAGGAAACGUCACCUGGCCGCUCUGGUUACCAAAUACAGGAACCAGAGAGAUCUGAGUGAAACGGGUUUCAUGGCCUUUUCCAAGAGGGUGUUGAAAUGGAGGCUGAUAGGAGAAGGCUACAGCAGUCAGCUGUCUAUUGAAGACCAGAGGUACAUCUUCAGACUGGCCUUCAGGAUGUGGAGUGAGGUGUCUCCGCUGGAAUUUGUGGAGGAUUCACGUUCCCCGCUGGAGGAUGUUGAUAUCAGGCUGGGCUUUGGCACAGGGAGGCAUCUGGGUUGCAAUCAGAGGUUUGAUGGCACGGGUCAAGAAUUUGCCCACGCCUGGUUUCUGGGGGAUAUACACUUUGAUGAUGACGAACAUUUUACUGGUCCAAAUGCCGGCAGUGGCAUCAGCCUUCUCAAAGUGGCAGUUCAUGAAAUCGGCCAUGUUUUGGGUCUGCCCCACAUCUACAGACCAGGUUCUAUAAUGCAGCCCAGCUAUCUGCCCCACGAGUCAGGCUUUGAGAUGGACUGGAUGGACAGGAAAGCCAUACAGCACCUCUAUGGGGGCUGUAAAGGUCGAUUCAACACCGUAUUUGAUUGGAUCAGAAAGGAGAAGACGCCCUAUGGGGACGUGGUCAUCCGCUUUAACACCUAUUUCAUGAGAGACGGAUGGUAUUGGCUGUAUGAGAACAGAAAUAACCGCACACGCUAUGGUGAUCCAGUUGCACUGCAGAUUGGCUGGCGUGGACUUCCCAUGGACGGAGUGGAUGCAUAUGUGCAUGUGUGGUCCAGAAAAAGAGAUGCCGUUUACUUCUUUAAAGGCACUCAGUUCUGGAGGUACGACAGUGAGAAUGACCAGGUGUUCAGACAGGACCCUGAAGGUCACCGGUACCCAAGGUUAAUCUCGGAGGGUUUCCCAGGGGUGUUCAGUCCCAUUGACACAGCCUUUUACGACAGGAGGGACUCCCACAUCUACUUCUUCAAAAACGCCCUUGUGUAUGCUUUCGACGUAGAAGCCAACAGCUUGGCAAGAGGCUUCCCCAAAGCCAUCAGAGAUGUUUUCCCCGCAGUGCAGAACGGAGACCAUCCAGAUGGCAACAUUGAUGCUGCCUACUUCUCCUUCACCCACAAUGCCAUCUUUCUACUCAAGGGCACACGCUUCUGGCAAGUGGUAGGCAGCCACGAUCGCCGGCGCCGACCCUUUCUGCCGCAAAAUGCCCUUCUGCCGCACAGGGAGGUGGACCAGCAGUGGUUCGACCUCUGCAAUGUUCAUCCCACUGCACUCAAACUAACCCGCUGAGAUCAGACAAAAGACAACAGAGAUCCAUUAAGCCCUGCUUAUGUGUACUGAUAUGGUCUACUGAUUCACCUGUUGUUGUGUGUUUGCAUGUUGUGUUAUGUUUGCAGACAUCUACUUUUUAACGUUUAUCUACAAUAUAGCUGGAUGUUUCAGUGAACUUAUUUUCAAUUAGGUGUGUCAAUAACAUAUUGGCUGCUAUGUCUGUCGUAGAUGACGUGUAUUCUGGCGUGAAAACAGUCCUGAAAGACGUCUUAUCAUUAAGAUAUUCAGAGCUUUUGUGAGAAGACAUUAAUUUAUAAAAUGUUUACUUAUUCUUUCCACCUCACUUUACAUACAGAUGUGAGUAUGAUGUUCCUGAGCUGCUUUUUUAAAACCUUGAAGUACUUAUGUGCACUGUAGAGAAAUUACGCAAGUUGUUGCUGGGAUGCAAAAUUAUUACCAGAUCUUCUCAUUUCCCUGAUGAUGAUGGUGAAGAUGAUGAUGGUACAUUUGAUCACAUGGCCUCCUGUUGGCCUCAUAGCACAUGUGCACUGAAUGUAUGAACCUAUCAUUACCUAUCUAAAUUGCCUGCAGGAACUCAAAUCCAUAGUUGCCCACAGGCAGGGAGGAAUAUGAACAUGUGACCUGAAAACCAUGAUAGUGUCCUUUACAAAACAUCAUCUGCAUCUGCAGUUCAACAAGCUCUGGAGCUGAUUUGGAAGAAAACAAUCUAAGCUUUAUCAAUACAAACCUGAAGGUGGUGGAAAACGUCUAUCUAGCAAUCUGCUUCUGCAGAAUCUCUUUUAUUGUGAAAGAUACGGUUAAAGAUUUGUUUACACCUGAUCAAUCAACAGGAGCCUGUUGAAAUUUAGAUUGAAGCGAAAUGAUUGAAAAACGGGCUCAUCUUAUUUCUUAAUGCUGUCCCAUUUUAUGGUAAUCAUUUCAGCACGGUGAGAAGAAACAGGCACUGAUCCUCUAAUCAAUAUGUUACUUGAACACUCUUAUUAAUUCAGCUCAUCUAAGGAGAUUAAGCUCCUGGUGGGCCUCAGAUAACUAGCAUUGUGCUUCAGGCACUCCAUAGGCUAUAUUAAUAAACUGAAGUAAAAAUCAAUUACAAGCCAAGAAACAAAAUGUCAUGGCAGGUGGGGCUACAGGGAGGAAUGUCAUGAGAUGAUGAGUCUGCUCAGGCAUUUGCAGAAUGAGCUUUUCUCCCUGUAAAGAAAGGAAAUGAACACCCUUGUUCACCUGUGAUGCUCAUGUUGUUCAGAUUACAUCCAUUUCAUUAUUUCUUGUCAUUUUCAUGGCAUGUCUAGGAUUCAAGUCAUUUCUGGCUUCUUGGUUCCA